CUUUUUAUAUGCAAUAUUUUUGUUCACUUUUCUAUUUUCAAUCAUGGAUGACUGGCAAGAUGCAGCUUUCUCCUCUCGACACAUGCACAACAGAGUGGGCCGCAGCGGUGGGAAAGGGGGAGUGAGAUCAAAGCCAUUUGAUGUUCGUAAAACGUUUGGCAGUUAUGAGUGCAAAUGUGCAGCGUGGCAGAAGAUAAGCAGCGCGACGGCGGCAGAUGAUGACCGUGAUCUCUGUGUGGAGUUGGAAGUAUAUCGCCUCACGGCCAAUGGUCAGGGCGUUGUAGGCGAGAUCUCGUUUCCUGGAGUCCUACGAGGAAGUGUCAUUCUGGCGGCGAGCAGGAAGAGCUUACAAGGCAUAUUGGAUACACUAGAUGCUGUUGACGACGAGGAUGAAGAGGAGGAAGAAGAGGAGAGUGGCGGGGAAAGUGAUGAGGAAGAACUGGAGUCAAGUCGCUUCGACACCUUUGAGAAGAACAGUUUCCGCUCACCAAAGUUCUGGUUUCGAUGGAGUGGCGUUCCAACGGCUGGACAGAAAUCCGAGAACGUAGAGUCGGGGUUGGGAUACGUUGUCUUCUCCGGCAAUGAUUGUCGCAAGUUUAAAGGGACUAUCAACUGCGCUUCACUGGGAUGGAAAGACGUCUCCUUGACUGGGCACAAGACUGUGUCGCGGUCCGAGUCUGACAUUCCCGUCACUUGGGGGGAGUCUGAGGUGGCAUUGUGAGACGUCAUUGUAGGCU